GCUGCUUCUUUGCUCUACCAGCCAGUUGUCCUUUAAGUCUCAUUCCAGAGGGACGCUACUUAAGGAGAGAGUAGAAGAUGAGUCUCGGCAGCUUCUUCUUCAUCUUCAUCUUGCUCCCUCUUGUCACCCCGGAGUGUCCCAGCCCUUGCCGUUGUGCCGUCAACAUCGUCGACUGCAUGUCGACCAGUCUCACGGACGGCACGAUCCCCCUCUCCUUCUCAUCCUCCACGGAAAAGCUGUUCCUCAACAACAACUACCUGACCUUCAUCCCCAAAGGUCUCUUCGACAACCUGCACAACCUCCAGGCUGUUUACCUGCGGGGGAAUCCUUGGGAAUGCACCUGCAAUAUCCUCUAUCUCCGCUCCUGGCUCCAGUGGCAAGACAACCGGACUCUCUAUCGCGACGUGGUGUGUUCGACCCCUGCCCACCUUCAAGGUCGGAUUAUCACCUACCUGUCUGAAGAUGAAAUCAUCUCUACCUGCCAGUCCUGGUACUGCGGUGUGGCUCUGGUAGCCCAGAUCUGCCUCUUUGUCUUCGUCCUGGUGCAGGCCAUCUUGCUGCUUCUGGUGGUCUUCUACAUCUGCAGGUUCCAGCGGAUAGCUAAGGAAGCCAGGAGGACAAUGGUGGAUGUUUAUGAGAAUAUGGAUCUGUGGGAAAGCGCUCGUAAGAACAGUAUUGACUGAGGAUCCGUGGAGAUUAUCAAUCAUCCAGGUGUUCUGACCGAGGCUUCCCAAAAGCAUGAAACAAACUCUUUGUCCUGA